AAGUGCUUUUCUAGUUUCAAAUCACAAUGAUGAGAGGUACCAAAAUUUUCACAUUCUUCAUCUUCGUGCUUCUAGCCGUGCUUCCAUCCUUAGUCGUUUCAGAGUGUACAUGUGAUAAAGAUGAUGGAGAUCGUGAUAAAGAUAAAGCUCUCAAGUACAAACUAGCCGCCAUAGCUACCAUUAUCGUUGCUAGUGUUAUCGGAGUUUUGAUUCCGUCCCUUGGGAAGUUUGUUCCGGCGUUAAGACCUGAGAAGGAUAUCUUUUUCCUUGUCAAGGCCUUCGCCGCCGGCGUGGUGUUAUCCACCGGAUUUGUUCAUGUGCUUCAUGAUGCAUUCAAUAACUUGACGUCUCCUUGCUUGAGUAAACAUCCAUGGGCUGAGUUUCCCUUCACUGGUUUUGUGGCUAUGUGUACAGCUAUGGGAACCCUAAUUGUGGAAACAUUCGCCACCGCUCAUUUCAAGAAAGUUAAUGUGAGGAAAAUCCAAAACGAGGCCAAUGGUGAUGAUGAUGAAGAGAAAAACUCAGAACAUGGAGGAGAAACAGAAAUUCAUGUUCAUACUCACGCAAUACAUGGUCAUUCUUAUGGGUCGAUUGAUUCUUCUGAGUCGUCUCAACUCCUACGUCAUAGAAUCAUAUCACAGGUAUUGGAGAUGGGUAUAAUAGUGCACUCAGUGAUAAUAGGACUUUCUAUGGGAGCAUCAGAGAGUCCCAAAACCAUAAAGCCGUUGAUUGCUGCUAUGGCUAUUCAUCAAUUUUUUGAGGGCAUGGGCCUUGGAAGUGUUAUCUCUCAGGCUAAGUACAAGAACAGAACCGUAGCAAUCAUGGCCUCGUUCUUCGCUCUGACAACUCCGGUGGGAAUUGCGAUUGGUAUAGGAAUUACUAAUGUGUAUGAUGCAAAUAGUGAGACGGCUCUUAUCACUGAAGGAAUUUUAAGUACAGCAUCUGCAGGACUCUUAAUCUACAUGGCACUUGUUGAUCUUUUAGCUGCGGAUUUCAUGACCGAUAGAAUGCAAAGUAAUACUCGUCUUCAAAUUGGAGCAACUAUUUCUAUGCUUUUAGGUGCUGGUAUUAUGUCACUUUUAGGAAAAUGGACUUGACCAACGUAAUAUUUUAAUACUUUGUGAGAGUCAACGUUUAUUUAUAUGUAAUAUAGUAUUAAAGACUUAUGUGGUACGUACGCGGCUAGUUAAUUAAAUGAACUCUUUCUAGUGGUUAAUUACUCA